AUGAGUAGAUCCUUCACGCCUGAACAAGACACAGACUCAACGAGCAACGGACAGAAUAGCAGCCCAUCCAAACACAAUGCUAUGCUAGGAAAAACAAUCUUGCAUCCUAAGUCAACCAACUACGACGAAGGCAACGAGGAGGACUUCAAGACACCUCCAGCAAAGCGAGUCAAGCGGAGUACGGUCCAAUAUGAGAGUCCGAGGAAGAGAAACGUCGUACCAGACUCUGAUGCGGAUAGCGAAGAUGAGGUCUAUGAUGAAGAGCCACGGAGCAGACGAACAGAUCUCGAGUCUGCCCUCCCGCCCAUCGAGACAGACAAGGAAGCCAUCGAGGCCUACGAGGCUACAAGAGCAGCUGAACAAGCGGAACUGGGACUGAAAGAGCGGUUGGAUGGACGGAAGUGGGAAAGAGGGAUGACGUCGAUCUAUGUCGACGCCUUCAACCUUGCGCUCGAUACGGUGCUGGAAGACGAGAGCCACUUGUUUGACGAAGCGGAGCAUGCUGUCUUCAAGACAUGGCGCGACUUAUCAUACGAAGCGCAGUAUCUGUACGUGCGCCUGUUCUUACGAAAGACUUCGAGCUGGUUCCGGAUCAACAGACUGGGAUACCAUAGCGACAUUGCGGAUCUGCCGAAGGCCAUCUCAGACUUGCAAUUGGAGCGCGAUCUACCAAAACCAUCGUCGCAGGUCGAAAGGCACGCCGGCGAGUUCGAGACACCAGAGGGAACAACUCUUGGAUCGUCUUUUACCUUUGCGGAUCGAUCAGAGGACUGCAUCAGAGAUCUUGAAGAAGCUUCGUCGUUGCUGCUUUUGGAUGAACUGAAGGCGUUAGCAAAAGACUUCAAAGUCCAGGGAAAGAAUAAGAAGGAACUCUUGAGAGCGUUCCGGAGAACGAGCAGUACGCAGACCGGACUGGGCUUUGCGUCCUUGAAACGGUCAAACACCGAAGAGACCACUGCGUCGGAGGGUGUCGAGCAGGACAGCAGAGAAGCAACUCCAGCGAGAGGUGAGAAUCGCGAUGCCUACUUCGUCGGAAAGAUUAUGGCCGAGACAGGACCUUGUAUUCGUCUGUCGCUGUCAGUUCUGCGACUCUUCGAGAGAGUACACCUGGUGUUUUACCGGUCUACGGAGUGGACUGAGAAGUCGCUCACAACCAUCAUUCUGGCCCGCAUCGCACGGCGUAAUUUUCCGCAAUACAUUGUAUCGCGCUCAGCCAAUAUCUUCGCAUCACGUCCACUACUGCUGGAGUUUGAAGCGGCCAUCCGUACACAGUUCAAGGUCGACAAUAUUCUCGAGUUUAAUGGCACGCCGCGAAAGGAUGAUCUGCAAGUAAUUCUUGACAUUUUCAACGACGUGUACGACAGAUGGAAAGUCUUGCUGGCCGAAGAGCAGACGAAGGAAGACAGCAUUUACUGCACAGGCGAAGGCGCGUACCUACGCCGCCUCAGCCCUGCUUGGGUGUACACACGUAUUGUCCACAAAGGCGCCUUCGUGCUGGGCAAGUUCAAAGACCACAAGCGGGAGCACCAGAUCCUCAGCGAGCUUCUAGCACAAGGCCUAUUCCACACCAGCCGACGAGGCGACUGGUACCAGCGCAAAGCACUUCUGGAAGAACACUACAUGCACCUCCACCUCCCCUCGCCACCCGAAUGCAAAGAUGCCGAAAGCAAGAAGAAACACUGGCGUCGCAUCGCCCUUCAAACCUGCGAAACCGGCCUUCAAGACCAACUCACCCACCUCAUCUACCACCACGACCUCCAAAAGCGCACCACCAAACUCGAAAAAGCCCUCAAAAUCCCCAAACGCGAACAACACGAAUUCGCGCACGUCCGCCUCACCAAACCCGCCGAACGCACCUUCCACGGCAUCCGCAUCGAACGCGCCCCAACCCUCACCCGCUCCUCCUCCAACCCCACCUUCCGCCGCUCCAGCUCCCAACCACCCACCACGAACCGCGGCAGCAAAACCAUCUGGCUUGACCCCGCCUCCGCAGAAACCGACACCGAAUGCAGCGUCGAAGAGAUGUGCCUCUCCUCCUACCGCGCCCUGGGUUGGAAAGGCUACCACUGCGAAUCCGGCAUCCUGCGCACCCUCUUCGCCUACCUCUUCCUCGACAUCCUCUUCCUCUACAUCCCCAACGUCUUUCAAACAGAAUUCCAAACGUGUCCGUUGGACUUACACACGGAUGCGUUUUACCCGAGUCGCAUGAGCGAGGUGACUGCGCGCUUGAACGAGGUCUCGAACGGCGGGGCGGAAGGGUUGGUGCGGAGCGUCUGGGAGGAGCAUGCGGAGAGGAGGACGUGUGUGGUGGGGUUGGAUUGGGGGUUUGAGGUGCGGGAUUUGGUGGAGAUUUGUCGGGCGUGGGAGGGAGGGGCGUUGGCGAGUGCGAUGAAGGUGCUUGUGCAGGAGUAUGGGCAGAGAGGGGGCGGGGUGCCGGAUUUGUUUUUGUGGAGGACGGGGGAGGAUGAGGGUGAUGGAGAGGGCUCCGGAGAGUCUCGGUAUGUUGGAGUGGAAGGUGUGCAGAGAAAGGGAGAGGUGAUGUUCGCGGAGGUCAAGAGCGAGAAUGAUCGCCUGAGCGACACGCAGCGCAUGUGGAUUGAUGUGCUGUCGGGUGCUGGGAUACGGGUGGAGCUGUGCCAUGCUGCUGCCAGCGAAGUACGAGUCAAGACAUGA